UUUGUCAGUACUUCAUCAUUUGCUGUGUCGUCAAAACAUCUCUGAUUGUUUCUAAUUAAAAAUAAUAAAAUGCAGGCUCAUUUCCUGCUGUUUUGUGCAUUUUUCGUAAUUGCCGUUCAAGGUCAAGACGAUGAAUUAUCAAGUAACGAUGUAAAUAGCAGCGGUUCGAAGACUGCCGUAGUCCACGUCGAAAAUGGUCCUUUACGUGGUGAGCAUCGUGGUCAUUUUUACGCCUUUGAGGGGAUCCCGUAUGCAGAUGCGCCUGUCGGACAACGUCGUUUCGAGCCACCCAAACCAUAUUCGCAAAAGUGGGAAGAACCAUUUGACGCCACGAAACCCGGAAGUGAAUGCAUGCAAUGGAACCACUUCAAAUUCGAUGUCGAAGAUAAGCUGCAAGGGUCCGAAGAUUGUCUCUUUUUGAAUGUUUACACGCCCGCAUUGGAUGCCACGGAGAAAUUACCCGUUUUUGUGUACAUCCACGGUGGUGCUUUCAUGUUUGGCAAUGGCGAUUAUUAUGGACCUAAAAUUCUGACCACCCGGAAAUUGAUUUUAGUGAAUUUAAAUUACCGUCUCGGGCCUUUGGGAUUCUUGGCGCUGGAAAAUGACGUCGUUCCGGGCAACAUGGGGAUGAAAGAUCAAGUCAUGGCGCUGAAAUGGGUGCAGAAAAACAUCGCUUCGUUCGGCGGUGACCCGAAAAAGGUCACAAUUACGGGUUUUAGUGCUGGCGGCGCUUCCGUUCACUUGCAUUACAUGUCGCCAAUGUCACUGGGAUUGUUUUCACGAGGCAUCAGUCAUAGCGGAUGUGCCUUAAAUCCGUGGGUUUUCAUGGAAAAUGCCAAGGAGAAGGCUCGAAAAGUUGCUCAAUCAGUCGGAUGUCCAACAGGCACAAGUCACAAGUUGAUCGCAUGUCUAAAAGAAAAACCAGCUGAAGAUAUCGUUCGAACAGUGCCACUUUUCCAACCUUACCUGUACAAUCCCUUCUCGCCAUUUGCCGUAACUGUCGAACCCAAACACGAAGGAGCCUUUUUAUCGCAAAAACCCAUCGAUAUCCUGCGUUUGCGUCAAUUCCAAGAGUUACCGUGGCUCGCAUCCGCCACCGAAGCCGAAGGUCUCUAUCCGGCAGGCGAAUUUAUGCGUCACGACAACUAUUUGCCCGAAAUUGACGAAGAUUGGGACAACAUCGUACCGCACAUUCUGGAUUUCAACUUCACGGUACCUGCAAAACGGCUCAAAGCUGUCGCCCAAGAGAUAAGAAAACAUUAUUUGGGCACGCAAAAACUUGAUAAGACGACUUUUAGCAAAUUUGUUGACGUCAUCAGUGAUCGCUUGUACAAACAUGGAUUAGCGAAAGCGGUGAAGCUUCAAGGCAUCAUUUCGCCCACUUAUUUCUAUCAUUUCCGGUAUAAGACGCAGUACGGGGAUGGCGAGGACAUGUCAGGGAAAAAUGAGAACCUGGGAGUUGCGCAUGGCGAAGAUGUUUAUCUGCUGUACAGCACGGAAGACUUGAGAAAUGAAGAUCGUCCGUAUAGUUUUGAUGAAAAACGAAUGCAGAGCUUGCUGUUGGACUUGUAUUAUACCUUUGGCACGACAGAUCAACCGAAAAUGGGAGAUUAUGAUGUUCCGGCAAUUGAUGCGUUGUCCGUGGCGCAAGAUACGCUGAAACAUGCGUGCGUUGAUAGUCCGGAUUCGGUUGCGACGUCGUCAGCUGAUAACUUUGGUGAAGAGGAAUUUUGGGAUUCGUUGGAUUUUAAUGAAAAUCGCGUUUAAAUUUGAGAUUGCAAUAAUAUAGAAGCAAAUUUUUAUUUUUCUUUAAA